AGCACUCAGGGCUUCGUUACUGUCACAGAACUCCACAUCCUAUCCUGAUCAGCAUGUGCCCAUGCUUUGCGUUGUUGGCUGUUUUGGCCUAUUCUACCUGUAUGAGGACACUAGGAGAAGCUGCUAAGCUGCAGGCGCCACAAAUCACUAUCUCCUUUGGGCAACCAAAACAUACCGAACAGGAGCCGAUGGUUCUGGUAGGCGAAAGUGGCAACGCCACAAGCAACUCUGAUGACGCAGCUAUACAAGCUGGGACGAACGAUACGGUUGUGGGAAGUAUAGAGACUUCAACUUCUGCAACAAACGACGAAGUCGCGACUUCCGCCCCAGAAAAUAGUCCUCCUGAAGAAGGAGCGUCGGACAGUGGAGGAUCCGAUGUGCCAGAAUGUCCGUGCAAAAACGCUAGUUCUGAUACACCACAUGUUCAGAUAACUAUGGGUGAAGAUGGAAAUUCUAUGUCUAUUUCUGUGCACAAUGUUGGAUUGGGACAUUUGCCUAGUGUCGGGAACGACUCCUCGCAGAACGAAGAGACAGGUAAUGAUGAAGCCAGCUCUAACAGUACUGCGAGCACGGUGGAAAAAGGUGAUGAAGCGUUAAAGUGGAAUGAGACUGGUAGUUCUAGUCCUGAAGGUGAAGCCGACAGUGAAGCGGAAGGUAGUCCAGACAGCGAAGGCGCCUCUGGUGAUAGUAAAGGGAAAAGUGAAUAUCCUACUAGUCCAGACAGCGAAGGCACCUCUGCUGAUAGUGAAGCAAACAGUGAAGAUUCUAGCAGUACAGACAACGAAGACACAUCUGUUGAUAGUGAGGAAAAAGGUGAAGAUUCUAAGAGUCCAGACAGCGAAGGCACCUCUGCUGAUAGUGAAGCAAAAAGCGAAGAUUCUAGUAGUCCUGACGGCGAAGGUACCACUGAAAUAUCUAAUAGUUCUCCAGCGAACGAAGGAUCGGACAAAGAAUCUUCCAGUUCCGAAGGAACUAGUAGUGCGGAAGCCGGAAGCACACCUGAAGGUAACGACAACAUUGAACCUGUCUAGUACCUGUCUGUCUCAGCCGGUGAAGCGCUUUGGUAGCCGUCUGCAAAAGACAGGAUGCCUGAGGCUUUGUUGCUUACACGAGGGAACUGUUACACGUAAUGGACACAGUUACCAGAUACUAUUUAUUAAUUUGU